GCUUGGCAAGUCUGUACUUGUGCAGAACCCCUUGCACCUGAAGCAAUGGCCAUGAGGGCUCUUCCACUGACCCCUUCCCAGUGCUCCUCGUUUGGACCUCACCAAGGCAUGUCAUCCUUCAAGCAAAGCAGUGGUAGCGCCAGGUCUGUCAGGGCCUAUGCAAAGGCAGAUGAGGAGAAGGAGAACAAGCAGUCCCUGUUUGGAAGCAUCACCGAGGCGCUGGACUUCUCGCAGGUCCGAUCGGAGAGGGAUGCCGAGCUGCUGUAUGAGGCCAGGGAGUCCACCAAAGGUGGAAAGAGCAUGACAAGGGAACAGUACGGAGCACUUCGGAGGAAGAUUGGCGGCACCUACAAGGAUUUCUUCAAGUCAUAUGUUGAAGUCGAUGGGGAAUACGUGGAAGACGGUUGGGUCGAUAAGACCUGCAAGGUCUGCAAGAAGGACACAAGGGGGGAGCCUAGGCAGGUUGACAAACUAGGGAGAUAUGCGCAUGUCGCAUGCUUGGAGAACCCAAAACCGACGAACUUCUUCGCCAAGCUCUUCGCCAGAUAAACUUCUAUUGCGACCAACAAAAGCAUUGUUUCACUCAUGGAUAGAUGUAUAGAAAGUUAUGUCCUCAAAGGACCAGAAUUACAUUAUGUGUUCAAUUUUCCACGUGAA